AUGGCACAGGCUCUCAAUGUCAUGCUCUAUGGGCUGGGCGCGAUCGGCUCAUUUUACGCCUUCGUCUUGAGCCGCAGCCAGCGUGUCCGGCUGACCGUGGUGGCUCGUUCCAACUACGAGGCUGUCAAGCAACACGGUCUACACAUCAAAAGCGAGAAUCACGGCGACCACAUCGUCCAUCCGGCCAAAGUGGUUCGCACACCGGCCGAAGCAGGAGAAACGUACGACUACGUCGUGUGCGCGCACAAGGCCAUCAACCAGGCAUCAGCCACCAAGCAACUGGCGCCCGCGGUUGACGGGAGCAAGACGUGCGUGGUCAUUAUCCAGAACGGUGUCGGGAACGAAGACCCUUUCCGGGAAGCGUUUCCCAAGAGCCCGAUCUUGAGCUGCGUGACGUGGGUCGGGGCCAGCCAAAACACGCCCGGGACCGUUCACCACUGGAAAUCGGAAAACACGCAGAUCGGCAUCUUCCGCAACCCGGAGCUGGACCCGGCGGUCGAACAGGCGCGGCUCGACGAAUUCACGUCGCUGCUGCGCGAGGGCCACACGCCCUUCUCGGUCGAGGACAACGUGCAGAUCCAGCGGUGGGAGAAGGUGGUGUGGAACGUGGCGUGGAACUCGCUGACGACGCUGACGAUGCUGGACACGCACGCGUGGCUGAGGUCGUCGCCCGACGCCAUGCCCCUGACGCGCAACCUGAUGCGCGAGGUCAUCGACGUGGCCCGCCGCUGCGACGUGCCCCUCCGCUACGAGCUGGUCGACGAGCUCAUCACAAAGAUCCAAGAGAUGCAGCCCAUCGGCAGCAGCAUGCAGACCGACGCCAAGAUGGGCCGUCCCAUGGAGGUCGAUGUCAUCCUGGGCACGCCCGUGCGCAAGGGCAGGGAGCUGGGCCUGUCCAUCCCGAUCCUCGAGGUGCUGUAUACCUUGUUGCUGGCGGUGGAUUCGCGGAUGAAGCCCAGUUCGUCAUAA